GCAUUUUACGACACUUCGUUCUCAGUCAGUAGUUUAGCUUGCUGCGUUUUUCUUGUUCAUUUUAAACUGCAUCACGUUCUGGUGUGGAGAGAGGAAUUACCAGCAGUGAAUAGACGUGCAGCUGCACAACAACGGUCAUGUGAGAUUGUUUUAUUUUAAUUUUAAUUUUCACUUAGAAUCAAACCUAACCGAAAGCUUCCAUUUGCAACCUGCAAAAUCAGUCAAAAAAUAUUGUGUAUAGAAUAGAACAGCAGACUUUGCUGUAAAACUUGGUUGGUUUGCAGCCUCUGGUUUUACCCGCAACACUUCUGUUGGGAUAAAAAACACCAUUGAAAAUGGCGGAACUUGAGGACGCAGGACUGCCCCAAACAAUGCAGGAGACCCGAGAUGAAGAGGAGCCGGGCAAUUCAAAGGCAGAGGAGAUGGACACCUCAGAAGACCUGCAAGAUGACAACCUGAUCAAGCGGGACCACUUCCACAGUUCUAAUAAUGAGCAGCAAGAUGGACAUUUGGCAGUUAGGAGGAAUGUAAUAUUAGAACGAACUAAAUUCAACCAAAGACAACAGGAAGUAGGAGAGACAGCUGAUGAUUUUAUCUCUGCACUUCAUUGUUUGUCAGAACAUUGUGGUUAUGGAGCUCUGCUCAGUGAGAUGAUAAGAGACAGACUAGUCAUGGGAUUACGUGACAGAAGACUGUCUGAGCAAUUACAAAUGGACCCAGAAAUAACACUGGAUAAAGCUGUCACACGCAUUCGUCAAAAUGAACUUGUGAAAAAGCAACAGGACCUGCCAGAGAAUAACUUCAAAGCUGCCAGCAGUGCAGCAAAUGUAGAGAGUGAGCUUUCACAUAGCACACUGCAAUGCUCAGCCAACACCCAGUGCCAAUCUGAGAAAAUAAUGAAUAACUCAGACAGACCACAACAAUCCCAAACAACACAGGAGAAUGGAGAGGAGCCCCAACAUACAGGUGGCACUGAUGAUUGGAUUGAGGGUUUCAGUCCUGGAGGAGAGAAGCCACACUACUGCUUUGACUGCGGUAAGAACUUUAGAAAAGUGAGGGAUCUUAUAAGACACCAGCGAACACAUACUGGAGAGAAGCCUCACAACUGCCCUGAUUGUGAACAAAGUUUUGCUCGGUUAGAUCGUCUUAAGUCACACCAACUAACACAUACAGGAAUGAAGGCUCACCAAUGCCCUGAUUGUGACAAAAGUUAUUCUCAAUCGUAUCAUUUGAAAAGACAUCACCUGCGAAAGCAUAUGAAAGAGAAAUACUUCCACUGCAAUCAUUGUGAGGAACUUUUCUCCAAACCAGAAGAUCUAAAAACACACAUACAUGUACAUACUGGAGAAAUGGCAUACCUUCAGCAAGAAACUCAUACAGGUAAGAAGCCUUACCACUGCUCCGAAAUGAAUCAGUGCUCCGACUGUGGGAAGAGCUUUCGACAAGUGGGGGAUCUUAAAAGACACCAACGAACACAUACUGGAGAGAAGCCUUACCACUGCCCUGAUUGCGACAGAGGUUUCAGUCGAUUAGAUCGCCUUAAGUCACACCAGCUAACACAUACAGGAGUGAAGGCUCACCAAUGCCCUGAUUGUGACAAAAGUUAUUCUCAAUCGUAUCAUUUGAAAAGACACCACCAGCGAAAGCAUAUGAAAGGGAAAUACUUCCGCUGCAAUCAUUGUGAGGAACUUUUCUCCAAACCAGAAGAUCUAAAAACACACAUACAUGUACAUACUGGAGAAAAUGCAUACCUUCCACAAGACACCCAUACAGGAAAGAAACCUUACCACUGUUCAAGGUGUGAUAAAAGAUUUCCUGACAUGGCAAAACUAAGAUCACACCUUCCAGUACACACUGGAGACCUGGCACUCCACUGUUCUGACUGUGGAAAGUGUUUCUUAAACAAGUCAAAGUUUGAAAGACAUCAAAGAACACACACUGAAAGUGUACUAUACCUUUGCACUGACUGUGGGGAGGGUUUUUCAAAUAUGCAACGGUUGGAAAGGCACCAGCGAAUGCACACUGGAGAGAAACCAUACCACUGCACCGAUUGUGGGAAGAGUUUUGCACUUGAAAAAACAUUUAAGUGUCACAAGCAAGCACACAAGUUCAAACUCUCUGGAGAAAGAGCAGCCUAUCCUUGCUCAGAAUGUGGAAAUACUUUUUCUCGUUCAUGUGACGUGAUGACUCAUGUGAGAAGGGUGCAUAAUAAAGAGAGACCUUUCCAGUGCUCCUGCUGUGGAAAAAGAUUUUUCCAAAAGAACUCACUCACAAUACACAUGAGAAUUCACACUGGAGAGAAACCAUACCACUGCUCAGAAUGUGGACAAAGCUUCUCCCAAAUUAACGACAGAAAACGGCACCAGAAGAGGCAACACACUGGAGAGAAGACGACCUCUAUUCUGCAGUCUGAAAGGCAAAGUCACAGAGGCACUCAAUAAGAAAGGACUAACAACAGACACAAAAAUGCAAUAUAGUAAAAGUAUCACUGUCUUACUGCAUAAUUUUUUACAUUUUUACUAAUAGUAAACUUUAUUUUAUAAACCACAUUUUUUUAAAUAUCUUAUCACUAUUUUAGUUUCCACCCUGCAUAAAUGAAUAUCAAUUCUCGCCUGCACCUAAAUCAUUCCGCAAGGCCAAACAACCAAAUGGGUAAUUAUUUGCCCAGUUAAACUACCCAAAAUACUAUUUCAAAGAUUACAGCAACUGUAGUAAACAUGGGCUAUUAGAACCAAGGUGUAAAUAUCAGUGAUGUGAUCAUCAGAGUAUAAAUCAUGUAUGGAUGUAUGGAAUAAUUUGGGAAAUCCAAUUAAAAAUAAAAAUGUCUCAGUAUUCAAACUGGUGAACAGUUAUUAAUGUCCAUGUUAUUUAGGUUGGCAUGUACUCUCCUCACCUCUGAAAGAGCGGUCAGAAGAUAACCCUAGCUACUGACAGUGUAUUUUUUUUUUUAAAUUUGAAGCGUCUUGAAUUCUAAAAGCCCGUUUCCACAUUUCUUGCAUGAGUAUGGUCGGACUCCUGUGUGCACUUGCAUGUUGGCUGCGACAUGAAUGGCUUGGCUGAAUCUUCUCCCGCAGACAUCACAGCUGAAAGGCUUUUCUCAUGGACUUGCCUUUUGAGAUAACUGAUUAGUAGAACGUCUCACAAUCACUGCACUUGUGUGGUUUUUCUCACCUGUUUUGAUCAGCACAUGUAUUUUAAGAGUAUGUUUUGUAAUAAAUCUCUUUCCACAACA